AUGCCCCACUUGGUACACCCCCACUCGUCCAUAAACUCGGCGUGCUUCGUCCCACACACCAGCUUCCUUCUCACGGGUGGAGGCAACGACUUUGAGCUCAAGCUCCACGACCUUUCCCCACAAUCACCCACUUCCACCACCUUUUCAAAAGCGCACGCCAACUCCGUCAACGCAGUCCACACCCUCCCCCACACGGAAGUGGUCGUAUCUGCCUCCAACGACACCAUAGUGCUCCACGAUCUACGCGAACAGACGGUAAUUCGGAGUCUCAUAGCCACAAGCAUAGCAGAUGUAGACGGACUCUCCACCCCUCGAGAGCAGGUGCUCGACUGUAAGAUGCUCAAUCGAGACAUGGUGGCUUCGUGUGGUGUGAAUCACCACCUCAAUCUAUACGAUUUGCGCCAGAAGUCCAAACGUCCCGUGUACAACUUGAGUCUUGGGGAUGACAACUUGAACUCGUUGGACUACAACCACGCACACACCAUCACGGUAGGGAGCUCCAACGGCUCCUUGUACAGCUUGGACGUGCGCAAGGAGUGUGUGGUCACAGACACGUUCCCCCAUGCCUCCAGCAUCAUCCAUGUGGCGUGCUACGGGUCUGCAACUCGUCUAGUCAGCUCCGUGGAUGGCCAUAUUAGCCUCUACGACGCCCAAUCCGAGGCUCUUAACGUCGAAAUAAGUGUUCCUGGCGAUAGCACGUUGCGAUACAAGCGCAAUGCCCAGUUUGUGGAGUCCCACAACGUGGUGCUCUGUGGGAGUGAGGAUGGCCACAUUUGGAUCUGGGACUUGGUGCACGGAUACGCGCACAGAAACCGCAAGAGGUUCGUGGUGGACUCACCAGUGGCCGAGGGAAGGCUCGUGACCUGGACCGGGUUUGAUAGUGCCGCCAACAAGUUGGUGGGGACAACCGCAAACGGGUACCUCUGGGUGUGGGACCGGGCGAUGUGA